UGGCGCUGUACAGACAGUUGCCGAGCGGCGGCGGAGUCCAGAGCGGGGCUGGCGGAGGCGAAGAAGGGGGAGAGAAUGUGACAAGUGGCGGCUCUCCACUGUUGCCUUGGGAGGCCUCCCGCACCUGUCUCGUGGCCAGAGGAGAGCUGCCGUCGUCGGAGCCGCCGAGCCAGCCAGGAGCCCCCGUCCGUCCUCCUUCUUUUCGGCCCAAGCCGGAGCGGCGUGCAGAAGGAGGAGAAGAAAAAGAAGAAGAAGAAGAAAAAGAAGAAGAAAAAAAGGGGGAUUGCACGAAAUAGACAGCCAAGGGAGUGGGGUUGCCUUUGAUCCCAACCAGAGAAAGAGAGAAGGGGAAAAAAAGACAAAGAAAGACAGAAAGGAAGGAAGGAAAGAAAGAAAGAAAGAAAAGGAAGGGAAGGGACAUGACUUCUUCAUUCAAGCUGGAUUUUCUGCCCGAGAUGAUGGUCGACAGCCGCCUGCUAGUUUCCGACAGAAUCAACGGCACAGCUAACAAGAUGAAUGGCGCUCUGGAUCAUUCAGACCAACCAGACCCCGAUGCCAUUAAGAUGUUUGUUGGGCAGAUCCCCCGCUCGUGGUCAGAAAAAGAAUUGAAAGAACUUUUUGAGCCUUACGGAGCUGUUUACCAGAUCAACGUUCUCCGAGAUCGGAGUCAGAACCCGCCCCAAAGUAAAGGUUGUUGUUUCAUAACGUUUUAUACCAGAAAAGCGGCACUAGAAGCUCAGAAUGCGCUGCACAAUAUUAAAACUUUACCUGGGAUGCAUCAUCCCAUUCAGAUGAAACCUGCAGAUAGCGAAAAGUCCAACGCUGUGGAAGACAGAAAAUUGUUCAUAGGAAUGGUUUCGAAGAAGUGUAAUGAGAACGAUAUCAGAGUGAUGUUUUCUCCAUUUGGCCAGAUAGAAGAAUGCCGAAUCCUUCGGGGACCAGACGGACUCAGCAGAGUGCACAGCUUCAAUACGGAGUCUAGCCGAGGCUGUGCGUUUGUCACGUUUUCGACAAGGGCAAUGGCACAGAAUGCAAUCAAAGCUAUGCACCAGUCCCAGACCAUGGAGGGCUGUUCUUCACCCAUUGUCGUGAAGUUUGCUGAUACCCAAAAGGACAAAGAGCAAAGACGUUUACAACAGCAAUUGGCACAACAAAUGCAACAGCUCAAUACUGCCACUUGGGGAAACCUUACAGGCCUUGGAGGAUUUACCCCACAGUACCUGGCUAGAUUAGACAUUAAUAUGGAUUUACAGCAUCGGCUCUGGGGACCUUCAUUCCAACACCAGGCAGAAGCAAGAGACUGUAUAAAUCUUCUGCAGCAAGCAACAUCCUCCAGUAACUUGGGUGCCUUCAGUGGCAUUCAACAAAUGGCCGGAAUGAAUGCUUUACAGCUACAAAAUUUGGCAACCUUAGCAGCUGCAGCCGCCGCGGCCCAGUCCUCAGCCAAUGCCACCAAUGCGAAUCCACUCUCCACAGCAUCAGGGGCCCUUGGUGCACUUACAAGCCCAGUGGCUGCAUCAACAGCAAAUUCCACAGCUGGGGCAAUGAAUUCUUUGACUUCUCUGGGGACUCUACAAGGACUAGCUGGAGCAACGGUUGGAUUGAAUAAUAUUAAUGCACUAGCAGGUACCGUAAACAUUGCUCAAAUGCUCUCAGGUAUGGCUGCCCUGAAUGGAGGACUCGGUGCAACAGGCUUGACCAAUGGCACAGCUGGUACAAUGGAUGCCCUCACCCAAGCCUACUCAGGAAUACAGCAGUAUGCCGCUGCGGCACUGCCCACGCUAUACAGUCAAAGUUUGCUACAACAACAAAGUGCUGCAGGCAGCCAGAAAGAAGGUCCAGAAGGAGCAAACCUUUUCAUUUAUCAUCUCCCACAAGAGUUUGGAGACCAGGACAUUCUGCAGAUGUUUAUGCCUUUUGGAAAUGUUAUUUCUGCUAAGGUCUUCAUUGACAAACAGACUAAUCUGAGCAAGUGUUUUGGUUUUGUUAGCUAUGACAAUCCUGUCUCGGCACAAGCUGCAAUACAGGCGAUGAACGGCUUUCAAAUUGGCAUGAAACGCCUGAAAGUACAGCUGAAGCGUUCAAAAAAUGACAGCAAACCUUACUGACCGUUCUCCCAGAAGCUUUCUGCUCUUAAUUUAGUUUCCUUAGGACAUCUUCAUGCCCGUUAGUUCAUCGUUUGCCUAGCAUGUCCCUGUGACGUCUUAAAAAAGUUUCAUCGUCCCGUCAUUGUUUCUGAUGUCUUUCUGACCUCACAUCAUAAUUUGGUUCUCCUACUGAUCUUUGAUCUAUAGUUUGAACCUUUGAAAUUUGCAUGUGACCUCAUCUAGCUAUAUGAAUUCUGGGAAGUCAAUGUGAAAAGCAUUGCUGCUUUUAUGCAAGAUCAAAAUUUAUUCGUAGUCAAAUUUAUGAUAGGAGUAUUAACACACACACACACACACACACACACACACACAACCUGUGGCAAAAUGUUUUGUUUAAAGUUUUCGGUGUUCCUUUUUUCCUUUUUUUCCCCCUUUUAUUCUUUUCUUUUUUUCUGUAAAAAAAAAAACAGACUUGAAAGUAUUAGACAAGAGACUGGCAUUCUGGCUGGUCUCUUAAUGACAUAGCAAUAUGUGUCCACACAGGCACAGAAUGUUGGUUUCUAACAGACUACUUCCGAAAUAGUUUGAAAUGAAGAACUGUCUGAUUUUAAGUCUCUAGAGGUCUGUAAUAGUUUUUACAUUUUUCAGGCAGUGUAAAGUUUUUUGAUAAGGCCAUUUUAGGUGGCUCACUUUCUCAUUAAGAAUAUAUAUAUAUAGAACCACUUUUUGUAGAUUAGUAUAAAAAAAUAUUUACCCUGUUUUAGGGCAAAUGCUACCUAUUUGUCACCUUUUGCUGAACUGAUUCACAAGUUAGACAAUCCAUGAAUUAAUGCACAUGAAAAUUACCUAUAUUUUAUACUGUUUCGAUGUACAGGAGAAAGGUUAUUGUAAGCUAUUGUUUCAUUUGGUGCUUUUGUGAAUUAAGUUGUGGUCUCAUCAUUGGGGGGGUUCCUCAUGGUCUUUAAGUGUUCUGUGUUUAUAAACAACAGGUUUGAAAUUGGUUUUUACUUGAAGAUCAACAACAGAACAAAAAAAAUGAAUUUCAAAAAAUGAAAAAAAAAGUUGUUUGCUUAAAAUUUAAAAAAAAAAAGUUUUCAUGUGAAAAAUAAAAACUAUUCCAGACUAAGUUUGUGUUGGCUUCUGUGAGGCAUUGAUGUCGAUUUUUUUAAAAUUAUUAUUGUGGACAAUUUCGAUGUGUUUGUGUUCAGCAAAAUGUGAUUCAGUUUUCCUUUUAAAUAAAUAAUAAGAACUCAGUGGGGGAAAAAAAAUUAGUGCCAAAUUCCAAAGGUACUUCUCUUCCUAGAGCUUCAGUGUGUUUCUUGUGUGAAGUAAUUUGAUAACAUGGGUAUUUUAUUAUGUGUUUUGUAUAAAUCCCUAAUAUUUAAAGGAAAAAAAGAGGUUAAAAAGUUUGUUAACUUGCUAUCCUGUGGUCUUGUUGCCUGAAAUUGUUGUUGUUUGUUAUUUCUCUUGGAUGUUUUUUGUAAAACAUUGUAUAAGUGCCCAUGUUUCCCUUUUCUAACCAUUCUGCGCAUCAAUGCUGUGAAUGCAAACCUCACAAUGUAAUUUUCUCAUAAUGUAUGGAAACCUCUAAGGUGAGAAAGUUUUGAACUUUUAACCCUUUCCACCCAGAGCUGUCCUGAGAGUUAAUACUUUUAUACAUUCACCAUUUUGCUCUUUAUUUUUAUAUACACAUUACACACACACACACACACACAUACAUAUUUGUGCGUGUAUAUUCAUACACAAAUAUGCACAUACACACACACACAUGCACGCACAUACACAUAUACACAUACACACCUAAUUUUUUUGUGCUUUAUUUAAUACAUGGUUGAAAUCAGAAAAAUGCACAGACCAGAUCUGAAGGACGAAAAAAAAAUAUUUUACUGCUGUCUAAAGUUCUUCUGUAUCUAUAAAAAAAAAAUAUUUAGAAAUUGUAGAGCUCCUUUGUUUUGUUUUGUUUUUUAAAAUCUUUUCUUAAAAAGAGCUUUUAAUAUGCUGCUGGUAUAUGAUAUUCUGUAUUUAAAAAGUAAAAAUAAUUCUUUAAUUAUGUAUUGUGUAACCACUCCUAGAUAGGAGAAUUAAACCCACAAUUUGAAAUCAUUAAAAAAAAAUAUUUUUAUAAUAAAAUUAAAUGAAUUUUUGAUUAAAUCCAGCGCACUAGAACUUCCUGGAUGAAAUUUUCUUGUGCACUGCAGUUAAACUCCUUUUUAUGGAUGAGGUUUACACACGUCUAAAUGCUCUGAUGUGCUAGCUGCCAUAUUUGUACUAUGUUGGUCCAGAUGCAAUAGAUACAAAGUAGAUACAGCAGUAGCUUUUGUUAGCAGGAUUCAUUCCUGUCAGUCGAUGAACAUGCAGGCUUCUGACUUGUAGCAAAUCCUCAAAGAGGCAGAAGCAAAAGAUGGCUCUGUAGUUCCUCAACCUGAGAGGAAAUUACAGUAGUUUGUAUGAACGCAGGUCUUUAAAAGCUUCUGGAUGGAUGCAAGCUAUUGAUGCUCUGAGAAGCAAUUGCAUGCAUGGUGGUUUACAUGUAGGGUCUCCUCUGAUGGUGAGAUUGGCCUUGGUGCCCAUGAAGUUACGGGGCUGCUGCAGGUCCUGGGAAGCUGACGAUCAGCUGGGCUCCCAUUCCAGAGAAGAAUAUAAAGAUAGCUUUUCACCAGUUCCUCUGGAGCUGUGGAACAGAUGGGUUACCUGCUUGCGGGACGCUCCAUCUUUUUUCCUGUCUCCCAAUCUGGAGAUUUCCCACACGGUCCCUUCGAUCAAAACAUCACGGGACCUUGUCAUCAUUCCCUUCCCUUGCCCUCUCUUUACAGCAGCUUUGCUUCUUCCCUUAGUAAAAACCCAGUUGUUCUUUUCAAAGCUUUCCUUUUCCUACACGGUGAAAAGAAACCUUAGUAAAACACCAUCCAGGAAGAGAACAAAAUGGUGUGUUGUUGCUGUUUUUAACAUUUUUCCAUUAAGCAUUGCUAGUCAUCGUCUAGCCCCAUCUCAACCAUAUGCACAGGUCAAAAACCCAGAGUUUCAGAGAUGCUGUCUCAACCCAACACAUUCUAGUGUAUACUUUAAAAACAGAAACCCCAUGAAGUGAGUAGCAGGCAUCAACCCAUACUCCUGAUUUGCUUCUCCGCCUCUCCCCUUCCCACCCCACAUGCGCCCCCUUUUUUCCCCCUUUAUUUCAUACAUGGAGCUGGCCGUGUAAUGCUCUUUAGCUGUUGUGAGGACAAUUUGUUUUGUCUGAGCAUUUUGGAAUCAUGCCACCCUGGGUUCUGAACAUCAGUGCAUUCUUAAAUGCAACAGGGAGCAUUGCUAAAUCAGAGCUUCCUGUAUUUCAGAAUAUACUUUUUUUUAAAAAAAAUCAGCAAAUCCAAUGUGUUUGCUGCAGUUGUAUUGUAAGGAGAGACAGACCCAAGCUUUGCAUUGGGAGAUUUACCAUAGCUAGUCGGAAUGUCUUGGCCUUGGGGCAUAAGUAUUCAGAAAUUCACAGCUGCCAUUCAUAAUCUUAUAAUGCCAUAUAAUCAAUAUGGCAAUAGUCAUAUUGGCAGAAGAGGAACUGAAAUAACCAAGGCAAUUUAGGAUGCGAUUGUUAUUUUCUUUUUUCUGAAGUGGGUAACAAAAGCGAAGUCCCAUCCUUACAAUACAAAGAUAUUUACCAGAGCUGUCCAGAAAUUAUGGUCACAAGAAUAAAAAUGCUGGCUAUGACAGUGCACAUUUAAAAAAAAAAUAGAUGGAGCUUCAGUUGUCACAGCCAUCUUGAUUUUUGUGACCUUGCAUGAGGACACAUCUGGUAUUUGCUAUGACAUCAUCCUUUGGGUGACACCGCUUAUUCAUUCCACAAGCAGCACAAACCCAUGAACUGAGCUAAUAGCACCCAUACAUCCACAGUUGAAGGCGGCUGCAGUUCACAAAAGUUUCUGCCAUUGAAAAUAUGAUCGUCUUUAAGAGGCCACUUCACCAUUUUUACUCAGUAAAAAACAAGACAUGGAAAAGCUGCAAGGGAUUAAUUUAAUUUUGCUACAUAAGCCAGUUACAGAGUUGGUAUGUUUAUUGAUCCUGCUGGGUUCUAUUCACUUCAUAGCCAUAGUGCUCUGCAUAACUCAGAAAUCUGCAUGUUACAUCAGUAGAAAAUUAUGAAACAUAAAGGUAGUUGCUUAGCUAUUUUGUAUCUCUUAUUAUCUGUUGUAAACAAUACGUGGGCACGACCCUGCAAGCAUGUACUGUACUACUUACUAUCUGUUCACAUCAAAGGGAAAGUUCUGCAAAUCCUUAGUUUUUGCAGAAUAAUAACCAAGGAACUAAGGAAUGAUAUCACUUCAUUGCCUUGUUUCUUUGAAGUUCGAUCGAACAGAAUAGCACUCCUAUUCAUCAACUAAAUUUUGGUAUUCUGUAGUGGCAAAUAUAAACCUCUUUCCAAGCCAAGAUUAUUUCAGCAGCUUUUCAUGCUACUGAUUUUUUAAAAAGUGCCAAAAUCAUUUCCUAUUGUCUAAUCCUUUUCACUCUCAUUUAAAACAUCUCCCAUUUUUCCUCUUUCCUCCCAAUUCCCCAUAUAAAUUAUUUUUAAGAAGGCAGGUGAUAAUCUACCAGUUUGCUUUUACAUUUUUUCUAAAGGGGGAAGAGGAAGUAUGUUUAUUUUUAGAGAAGCCGUAGAUGGCAAGCACUAGAAUCCAAAUAAUGCAGAGUGGGAGAGAAGAAAGCAAGAAAAAUAAUUCUAACACAGAGACAUUCUCAGUUAAUAGAUAAGUGCUCCAUGAUUGUCUCAUGUUUCUUCUUCGGGGGCCUUGCUGAACCUUUGAGGGCUAACUUUGUACUUGUUACACCAUUUUUCUUGUUCAAUUGUUAACAUACACAGUGAUUAUAAUAGGAGAUCAUGAAACAUUUUUCCAGGACGUUGUUGUUCAGCAUCUAACAUUUCCCAAAUAAUUAUACCGUUUGGAAAAGAAAAUCAGAUCCCACAUAAGAAAACCCAUACUCCUUUCCAGUCAGCUGGGGCUUGUUUCAACCCCCUCCCCCCCACCAAACCUGUUAAAAUGGCAGCCAUGUGUGUAAUUAACAGCACUUGGAUGGCCAACACAAUUAUAAAUGCUUUGUCCUGCUGGUGCUAAACUCCAUAAUUUCUGUCUUAUGAAUUUGCACCUAUCCAAGUGGGAAGCAUUCUUCUCUCUCUCUCUCUCUCUCUCUCUCUCUCUCUCCUUGCCAGCCCCAUUCCUCAUUAUUUCCCAGGUAUUGUUCAUUUUGCAGCCCAAAGGGAAGCUCUUGAUUUUUCAAAGAGAAGUUUAAUUUGAAAUAUUGGGCCAUUUUCCUAGGGACAAAGUACUGGGAGGAAAAGAAGGAACAGGCAUAAACAGGAAAUAAAAGCUAUCACUUUCUCAACAAUUUCUACCCCUGAAUUAAGAUACACACCUCUGCUGCAUUUGCAGCAUAAAAGAUUGCAAGGGAAAAACCAGCUAGCAAAACCAAGGCCUUAUGGCACUGCACAUGUUGUACACAGGUUCUUCACAUAUAAAACAUGAAACGUUGAAGGGAAACUGUGAGAGUGCAAAGGGCUUUUAUUUAUAGAGGAAGAAAAAAUAAAAUAAUAAUAAUAAUAAUAGUAAUAAUAAUAAUAAUAAUAAUAAUAAUAAACCAGGAAUGGUUGCAUUUCAAAAUUUAACUCUGAAAGCACAAAACUUACUGUUUCCCAACCAAAUUAGUUAUGUGAAAUGGCCAUAUUCAAAGGUGUAACAAGUUCAUCUUUCUUUCACCAUAGGGGUUAUUUCUCAGCUUGUGCUACUCUUUGGCUCAUGUUGCUGUUUCUGUUUCUAUUAACUUAAGUGCUAAUUAACAAAAAAAAUUAAGUAAUUUCAUUGUUUUUUCUGAAUAAUGUCAUAUCCUGUGUACCAGGUUUUGGGGAGGGGGGGGAGGACAUUGUGCUGUGAGAAAUUGUUGUUUGUCAACUAAUGACAACUUUUUUAAGUUGAGAGCAUCAAAAACUCAGGAAAUGAUCCAUUCCUACCACAGAUGUGGCAUUCAUGCUCAGGGAAUUCUUUGGGCUCGGCAGAGCUCAGUGUUGCUCAUGGAAAUUAUUCUUGACCCCCCCUACGAAUUAAGAGAGGAGGGUCAUCCCAUGACAACCAGGCCCUUCAGCGCCUUGACAGGUUCUGCAUUCCUAUGCAGAAGGUAAACACAGAUUUUUCUUCAACCCUCUUAUGAAUUCUCAAUGUAUGGGAGCUGAGCCUGUGAUACAAAUGGAUUAUAACCUAGGUUUUUGCUUCUUUCUAUUUUUAUUUUGUCUAAGAAAAGCCAAAGUUACUGCAAUGUAGUGAGAAACUGUAAGACCAUUUUGAGUAUUGUUUCUGUUUUGUCAAUGCAUUUGGAUUUUGCUGUUUGAUGGAAUUUGAGCCAAAAGCAAAAUGGAAAACGAAAUGAGGAAAAUAAAACAAACCAACCAAGUAACCAACCACAGGCUUUCCUGCUUAUAAAACUUGAUUGUACGCACGCAUUUUGUAUCAGUGAAACUUUUUUAUACUGGAGAUUUAAACAAAAAUGGGGGGAAAAAUAUGGUGGCUUACUCUUGUGAGCCCCCCUGAUCAUAACUGUUUUUCAAGUUUGAUUUCCAGUUGACUGAAAGAAAGUUGGCUUAGUUUAGAAAAUUUAAAACAAACUUUGGCUUGGUUUUAUCCUUUCCAUUUGCUUAUAUUUAGUGUUUAGGAUUUUGUGUUUUAAAACACGCGGUAAGUUUCACUUUUUAUUCUGUACUGUGCAGUUUCACAAUAUAACAAAUUAGAAUUUAGGAGUACACAGUCACUUUAAGUGGAUAUAUGUAUUAGGGUUUUGUUUUUGUUUAAAAAAAAAGUAGGGUUUGCUUUUUUGCUGUUUAGAUCAAAAGGUUUUCCUGGUUCUUCUGUCUUCAUUGUGAACAUAACUGUGUAGUUGAAACAGUCAAACUUAUUUUUGUAACGUAUGUUAUUGUGUGAUGCAGUUUUUUGCUUCUGUCUCCAAUAUUAAACCAUUUUCCUAAUACUUGUCUCACUUUCUCUCUCUGUGUUGUACUGUUGGUAGUCAUUCCGUGUUGGUAAUACAUUUGCACACCUCACUGUUGCACGUCCCUGUUGAUUUUUUUUUUCUAUUCGUUGUGUACAAAAGAUACAGUCGAUUCCACUAAGUGAACCUCUGAUUGGAGAAUGAAUGCAGAUUUGCUGUAUUUACCCCCCAUCUUCUUUGCCUCCUCUACCCCCAGUUGCCUUUAAUUGUAAUUAUUAGGGUGAAGUCACACUGAAGAUGCCUCUAAAAAGAUAUGUGUGCGUGUGUGUUUGUGUGUGUGAGAGAAAGAACCUACAUACACAGAGAGAAUCAAAGUCACCAAGUUUUCUCUAGUGAUUAAAAAGGGAUAUACUUCUCCUCUGUAGGAUCACGUUAAGUUUACUAUUAAAAUAUUUUCUUCAUGGGAGUAGAAAAACUUUUUCAUGUUUCAGAAUUAUUCAGCAAAAGCUCUGGCAUCGUACCUAGUUAGUUUGCCAGUUUUCAGAAGUGUAAAAUUUUUAAACACAGGUAGAAGACCCUAAGUUAAAAUCUACCAGGCUUAUUAUAGACAUCUUUAUUUUUUUUUUCUUGAGAGUUCAAGAACAUUGAAUUUAUUAAAACUACCCAAAAUUAAAAAAAUAAGUAAUCAGGAGAGAAAACCAACUACUGACCGUAACGGGCUUUCUGUAAUUUCUCUUCAUUUGAUUCAUCAGACACUCAAAUCUAUCAGGUAGGAAAGGGAACUUUCUAGAAAGAGGAAUUUCUCUCCCUGCAUGGGACUCAAGCCAUAAAGUUAUCCUUUUCCCCAAACUCAGGAAUUUAAGACCACUUAAAAGUGCUCUUACACGAUUUUCCUUGUGAUGUUUAUGUCCCCUCUUAGUAUUUUGGUUUUGAGUGGGCUGUGCUCAAUCUCCGUGCUUCUGCCAACUCAGUUUGAGGGAAGCACAUAUAUAACCUAGUUUGCCUGUCUUCUGCUUUACAGAGCCCGGUUUACAAGUUUCUGGGCUUGUAGAUUUCAGAAGCAAAUUUGCAACUGCCUGCAAUGUGGCUUCCUCAGUGCCUGCCUCCUAAAAUCCCAACCUCUGUUUCUGUUUUCCGAUUACCUCAAAAGUUUAGCUGCACAAUAGGACCAUAACGGAGGAGGUAACAGGGUGCCUGUGAUGUCACAAAAAAAUAAAAAUAAAAUUCUCUUGAAACCAUUGGAAAGAUGGUGCCAUCUUCCCAGGAUAUAACAGGAGCCUUAAUUGUGACACAUGAUGACAAUCACUUAUUUCAAUGUAAAAAAUGCAAGCUUUUAAAAAAAAUGGAAUCAAAGCUUAUCUGGGUAUACAUUUUCAACCGAUUAAUUGUAGGACCUUUUUUUU